AUGUCUAAAUGUCUAAAAUCUCCCUUAAGGCUAUGUAAUUAGUGAAUUAGUGAAUACACUCCACCUGUCACAAUGGUGAUGCAAAAUUCAGAUUUAUUAAACGAAAACACGGAGAAUGUUGAUCCAGUUGUGUCAAAAGAACAAAGAGAAUAUUCUCUAGAAAUUUUGAAAAUAAUUAAGGAAGCACAACAACAACAUGGUUUACGUCACAGUGACUAUCAACGAUACAGGGGUUAUUGUUCAAGACGUUUACGACGUCUUCGAAAAGUUCUCAAGAUGCCCCAGGGUGACAGGCGUCACUUUAAACGUCGUGACGUCAAUUCAGGAAUGGUUACCGAUGACAAAUUUCUACAAGUUCCAUUGGUAAUGGCUGAAAGGGCUUGGAGUUACGCUAUGCAAUUACGACAAGAAUCUAAUACUGAACCAAGAAAAAAGUUUCAUUUAACAUCUCGAUUGAGAAAGGCUGCAACUUAUUCUCUUCAAUUACAAGAAUUAAUAGAGAGUGUAAAUUGUAAUGCUCGCACGAAAUUAGAAGCACAAGCUUACGUCGCUUGGAUCCAUGGCUCUUUGCAUUUUGAACUUGAAUUAUGGAAUUCAGCAAUGGAGAAUUUGAAAAAAGCUCAAGUUGUUUACGAGAAUUUAGCGGCUGCUCUGCCAGAAGUAGAGCAAAUAAUUUAUAAAGCUCGAGUUGAGGAAUUAGCUCCAAGUUUAAGAUAUUGCGCUUAUAAUAUUGGCGAUACUUCUGCCAUUGAUGAUUUAAUGCAAAUGCGAGGUCAACUUAGUGGAGAAUUAUUAGCCAGUUUAGAUGCACUGAUAACUCAAACUCGAGAGAAACAAACAAAUACCGAGGAAGUUAUGUGGCGUGGAAAAUCUUGUGGCUCAAUUCCACCGAGUGCAGCAGCAAUGUUGAUGGCUGACUCGCAAUUGAAUCAGGCUUUGACAAAAGCCAGUGAUCAACAAGCUAAAAUUGAUCUUCUACAAGCGCAUUUGAGAGAUUAUAAAGAAAAGAUAAAUAAUGUUCGAGAGAUUUUCAAGGUUGAAUUAAAGAACAAGGAAACAUCAACUGCUCCUCAACAUUUGGUGGCAUAUUUACAAUACAUUAGACUUUCAAGAACUCUGGAACGUAAUGUGGAAAUGAUCCAGAAGGAAGAAUCGGAGAAAGCAAAACCUUCAAGCAUUGUUCGUUUGUACGAAGCAGCUCUUCACAAUUUAGUUGAAUUAUCUCAACUUCAGGAUGAUGAAGAAUUUUUGAAAGAACAAGAAGCAAAGACUAAAGCUUAUCGAGCAUUUAGAUGUUUCUACAUGUCACAAUCAUUGGCUAAUGUUCACAGAUGGAAGGAUGCAAUGGUCCUUUAUCAAAGAUCAUUGCAACAUACUCAAGAUGCUCUUCAAGAUGGUUCCCUACUUCCAAAAGAUUUAAAGGAAUCUUUAAGUAAAUUAAAAACAUUAAUUGAAGGUGCUCAAUAUGCAGCUCAUGCACAUAGCGUUUUGGAAGAAGAUCAAGAAGAGGAUUCUCCAUUAAAUAAACAAGUGAAAAGUAAAAAACCACUGUCUGAACGACUUCAUGAAUAUCGUGAAGAUUCUGCUCUACUCAGCAAGCAACCCAACGUUUAUAAAUUGCCACCACCGAUGCAGAGUAUUCCAUGUAAACCAUUAUUUUUCGAUUUGGCAUUUAAUAUGGUUGAAUUUCCUGAUUUGUCAAAUAAAUUACAAGACCAAGGCAAGAAGGGACAAGCUGGUCUUUCUGGACUUGUCAAAGGUCUCUGGGGAUGGGGAAAUAAAUAAGCUGCCUAUAUUCAUCAUCAAGAUCAAAAUAAUCGCUGCAUUCUAAAACGUACAUUUUUUAAAAGCUUCAUUUUCAAUUUAGGUUUCGUUAAGCAGUGAAAUGAUUGAAAAUUGAGAAAAUCUUUGUAACCAGAAAUUGUUUCUGGAGAUUAAAUUUUACAAUGUUUUCAUUGUACAAUAUUGUUUAAUUUCUUAAACAUAAAGGUUAUAUGAGAAAACAAAAAGUAGUGUCAUAAUAUAUAAAAAAAAAAAAAAACCAA